UGACUAUUCGUGAUGAAGUAAAUAAUAUUGUGUGUAUUUUUGAUUAAGUAAAACUAAAAUUUUCUACGAAUAAUGUAAAUAAAUAAGUGAAAGCAGUAAUGGAACACGAUGCUCGUGUACGGGUUAUUGAUAAAUUAAAUGUUUUAAAAAAAGUCAUAAAUGGAAGUGAAAUUUCGGUGUUACUUCUUCUUCUUGAUUCAGUUGCUUGUGGUUUUACGCAUAGAGGGACAAGACGCGGAGAAAGGAUCCCAAUCUACAGAUGAUAGAAAACCAUUUGAAACUAAAGAUUACGACCAUAAACCGUUGGAUUUCAUUGUCAAUAAUAAAAAUGAUGCAUCAGAUUACUUGCUACCACAAGUAUUUGCCAACCACGAUGAUACAGAGGAAGAAGACGACAUUGAUGAAAACACAUACCUGGACUACUACGAAAAUAAGGACAAUUACAAAGAUUCACCAGACUUAGCUACAGCUAAAAGCGAUGUCAAUCAAGACUUGUUGCCUGUAGAUGAUAAAAUUCCUUUACACUCCGCUAAAGAUAAUUUACCCAUUUUCUUAUUAGAACCAGAAAACACUUAUAUAGUUAAAAAUAAACCCACAACGCUGAAGUGUCGUGCUGCAAACGCUUUGGAAGUGUAUUUCAAAUGCAACGGGGUCAAAACUCACGCUGUGAACUUCGAAUUCGUGGACCCUCAGACCGGAGUGAGGAUAAUCGAGGGUGAAUACAGGGUCACGAGGGAGAGUGUUGAAGAGUACUUCGGCGGAGACAAGUACCAGUGCUCAUGCUUCGCCUGGACUAGCCGAGGACAUAUAAGGAGUCAACCUGCUACUAUUGAGCUUGCGUAUAUCAAGAAGCAUUUCUCCGAAUCGCCUCAAUCACAGCUCGUGAAGCAGUAUGCUGGAGUAACAUUCCGCUGCGACCCGCCGCCAGCGGCCCCCUUCGCGCAACUUUAUUGGUUGAAAAAUGGCUCUCCUGUGGUGGUGGACGACAAUGUACAGAUCACCAAGGAGGGGUACCUUGUCAUCAAGCAGGCCUCUUUGCUGGACAUGGCAAACUAUACAUGUGUCGCUGAAAAUUUAGUUGGAAAACGCAUAUCUGAUCCUGCUCAACUGAAAGUUAUUGUAAACGGUGGCUGGACAACCUGGUCUGGCUGGAGUGACUGCUACUGCAUUGGAAGAGAAGGCAGAGAGAAGCGCGGAGGUAGAAAACGGGAACGAUCUUGCACCGCACCCCCACCACUACAUGGUGGUCAACCAUGCUCAGGCCAAGAGGUGCAGAAGACUAAGGAGUGCAUAGAUUGUGAUUUAGAUCUGUAUGUCGAUGGCCUCGACGGAUUAGCUGACGAGUCCACAGAUAUCUUAUUAGACCGCUGGUCUCAAUGGUCGGAAUGGUCGGAUUGUGACACUGACUGCCUGAAGACUAGGAGACGCCGCUGUCUCAGCAGCAUCAGGAAACCAUGCUCGGGCACCGACUAUCAGGUCGCACAGUGUCCAGUCUGUGUAAGGACUUCUAAAUCCGCUCUCAUCAAUGAUAGUUCAUCGUAUUGGCCGUUACUAAUAGCAUUGUCAAUUGCUUUUCUCAUAUUCGUGGUUGUUGUUAUAUUGGGGAUCAAAUAUAUGAAAUUCAAAAUGACAGAGAAUUCUCCGUAUGUGAAACCACCUACAGGUGCUAAUUAUUUUGGGAGUGUAAUAAAGAGAACUCUGACCAACCAACCAGAUUUGACUAUACACGAAGAAUUCCAUACAGUUGAUUCGAGGCGCGCAAGAAGACAUACUGGAACAUCUACAAAUACUAAAAAUGAACACCUGUACGAAGUACCACAAUUGGCUAACAGCUACAUGUCACCUAUUGACCACGAGGUGAGGCCUUCUCGGAACAGCGAUCGGACCGCUUGCAAAGGCACUCUUGGCUCAGAGCUCUCUGACUCAAGCUGCUUCCUGAGCUCAGGAUCAUCUUACGGCAAUGAGAGUGUAGAAAUGACUCCGUCACUAAGAAACAACACGUCUAUAGAUUCGAAGUAUUUGGACAAUCAAUACGUAGAAACGGCGAUUUCUAAAAUUGUCACAAGCGAGGGUGGAUGGCUCAGUUUGAACAAGUGUGGGAUAAGACUGUUCGUGCCUGAUGGCGUAGUAGACAGUGAAGAGUUGUUCUCCAUAGAGAUUGCGGACGAGGAUUGGAAUAGACCAAAACUGCAAGAAGAUGAAACUCAGCUUAGCCCAGUCAUCAGAUGUCAGCCGAAGAACUUCCACUUCCGAAAGGGGGUUGUCCUCACCUUCCCCCAUUACAGCUCCCUGAAGAACACCAGCUGGCUCCUCUCCAUCUUGCAGAGGACCGACGAGAUCACCACUACAGAAUGGAGAAGGGUCCUAACUCUCGGCCAGGAAACUCCUGGCACUCCAAUCUUCGCACAAAUCGAUCCCUCUAAAGUUUACCUUGUGUGCGAAUUCUUAAGUGAUUUUGUGCUUGUUGGUCGCAGCUUUAGCGGCCUAGACACUAAACUCUUGAAGUCCGCCAUAUUCAUGGCGAAAACAGUUGAAAAUAGCAUUUACAAUUUAAAAGUUUACGUAUUCUGUGAUACACCCUAUGCUUUUUAUAACUGCUUAGAAAACGAGAAGAAGCUAGGCUCUUCGCUCCUGUGUGAACCGAAAGCCGUUUGUUUCCAACAGAAUUGUUCAGAUCUAUGCGUUAACGUCAGAGAAGUAGGCGUGGGAUGGAAAUUACAGGGUGGAAAUUACCAAGAGCUAUCCUAUUCCCAAAUCUGGAAAAUAAACAACAAAUCCGUGCACUGUGUUUUUGCACUGCAACAGACAGAUUCUAUCAAUUGCUUGGAGCUCAAUUUAUGCGUCUAUCAAAAGCAGAAGCAAUCUAAUUCUGUCAGUUUCAACGUUAAGACCAACGAUUUAAAUUCAAAUUUUAGCUGUAGCAAACGUUUUAGCUGUUCUAGUGUAGAGAUGGGAUAUUCCAUCAACAUCGUAGAGAAUCCAUUCAACUACUCGUCUUUGUCAAAGAAGGAGGGUUACGAUGUCAUUUAUAAAAACAGUGCUAUGUACAGAAGUAACUUUAGUACAGACAAUAACUACAGAACUAAUGUACUCACUAAAUCUGAUAGGGUUAUCCUUUGCAAGCUUUUAGAUUCUCAAACGAGUAAAGGCAACGAUUGGAGAUUGUUAGCUGAGAAAUUAAAAAUUUCAUCAUACUAUUAUUAUUUUUCCAACACGUGCUCUCCGACAGAAAACAUAUUAUCUCUGUGGUUGUGUCGCAAUAACGAUGCCAACAUGCUUGUCAAUUUAUCUAGAAUAUUCCGUGAAAUGUCCAGAGUCGAUUGUGCCACUGUUGUUGAGAGGAGAUGCUUUCCCAAUUAAUUCAUUUUAAUUUUCUAUUUAACUGUAACAAGUUAGUUUAAUACCUACUUCAUUUCAAUCACUUUUUAAGUAACAUAAUAUUUUAAUUUCAUUUAUUAAUUAUAUCACAACGAUCAAGAUUUCACAUUUUACUUAGAUAUUAUCUAGUCAUUAAUUUAUAGUGUUUUCUAUAAACUUUGAAGUGCUUAUUAUUCAUAAUAUUGUAAGAAGUAUGUUUUCAAAACAUUAGUUGUAUAUAGAAUUAUUAAUGAAAAAUAUUAUACUGUUUGAUAAGAAAAAAAGAAUAUGUUAAGGUAG